AAGAUGCGCGCACGAAUCAAUUAUUAUAUUCACAAAACGCCGUCGUUUUAACACGUAUGCUCCAGCCACCCCCGGGUCCCGGCCCACAAUCCAUCAUUCAAAUCCUCUUCUUCUUUAUCUCUCUCACAACUUUCUUAAUUUUGAACUCUCUCUCUCAUCGACGAUUAACCAGAAUCUGGAGCCAUGCCUGAGGGUAUAACACCUGAAGAUCUUCUCCACAACAUCAUGGAUUCGCUUUCUGAUAAGAAGCAAAGUUCUGGUUCAUUCUUCGCAGAGGAGGAGAAACCACACUCUGUCAGAACCGAAUUUAACAAGCUCUUUGGGAGACAGAAGCCCAUUCAUCGUAUUUUAGGGGGCGGAAAAUCUGCUGAUGUGCUCUUGUGGAGGAACAAAAAGAUAUCAGCAAGUGUCUUAUUUGGUGCUACUGCAGUUUGGGUGCUUUUUGAAUGGCUUGACUACAAUUUUAUUCCUUUGGUAUGCUUCGGUCUUGUUAUAUGUAUCAUUGGCCAGUUUAUUAUGUCACGCCUUUUGAACAGGCCCCCACAAAGUCUUCGUCUGUCAGAUGAACUAUUCGUGAACAUUGGUACCGCAGUAGGUGCUGAGGUUAACCGCACUUUAGCUUUCCUUCAACACGUUGGUUCUAGAGGAGAUAUUAAGCAACUUGUAAUUGUUAUUGGGAGUUUGCUAACUGCUGCAAUAAUUGGAACCUGGUGUAACUUUUUUACCGUGAUUUACAUGGGUUUUGUGGCCGCCCACACAUUGCCUGUUGUGUACGAGAAGUAUGAUGAUCAAAUUGAUAACGCCGUAUACAACGUUUUGGGAAAGCUUCAGAACAACUAUAGUAAGCUGGAUGCUAGUGUGCUAAGCAGAAUUCCGAAAGCAACCAGGAAGAAGUUUGAAUAGGUUUAUCUAAACUUGUCGCAAAAAUGUUAUGUGUGUUUUUAACUUUUGUCAUUUUAGACUGCGUAUGGUGUAUUUAUCAGUAGCUUUUUAAUGAAAAAGUGUUACUGGAUAUGUAUUAACUGGUAUAUGAACCAUUUAGAUUUCUCAAA